AUGACCAAUAACAAAUCAAAGUCUUUAAUUGGUUCUUUUUUAAGGAAAAAUUAUAAAAACAAUAUUUUGGUUUUAUAUAUGGAAAGUUCAGAAAAAAAUGUAACUAAGAAUGAACAAAAAGAAAUGAGCAUGGAAAUUAAGAAUGAACAAAAAGAAAUGAGCAUGGAAACUAAAAAUGAACAAAAAGAAAUGAGCACGGAAACUAAGAAUGAACAAAAGGAGAUGAGCAUGGAAACUAAGAAUGAACAAAAGGAGAUGAGCACGGAAACUAAGAAUGAACAAAAGGGGAUGAGCACGGAAUUAAAAUCAUCUAGUCGCUUGAUAGAAAAGACGGCUAUUCCUGAUGCAACUAAAAAAACCCAAAUUGAUGAAAAAAAUAAGACUUUUUAUGAAGCUAAAAAUGUUGAUGGUGAUAAUCCUGUAGAGCUAGUAUGCAAUAACGAUAAAGAACAGAAUAAAAUGGACGGCAAUUUAAAAUCUGUUUUAAAUGAAAUCAGCAGCAAAACCUUUUGUGGCUAUCAUUCAGUAGAUAGUGAAGGUACAGUAAUUAAUUUAAAUGAGCACUUAUCUUUAUCUGAAACUGCAAAAGCGAACGAAACUGUAGAUUCAUCUGUGCAAAAUGAUCCAUCAGUAAUACUUGGUGCUGCUUGUGUAUUUACAAAUAAUAUUCCUGAACUAAUUAAAGAUACAAAGAAAAAUACAAAAACAACAGGCACCUUCGAUGUUUUUAUAGUUAACGAUGAAGGUAAAAUAAACUCAUAUGAAAUUAAUCAUUAUGUUGAAGACGAUUUAAAUAAUCAGUUGUACAGUAAAAUUAAAACUCCAGCAGAAAAAAAACUUUCAUAUCAAGAAAAAUUGCGUAAAAUUGUAAAUGAGAUAAAAAAUACUAACAUCGAACCAAUUAAAGAAAGUCAGCCAACUAUUUUAGAAAUAUCUCACUAUAACACUGCAAAAAACAAUGCAUUAGUAAUAUGUUACUGUGGACAUGGAAUACAAAGUGAAGACUGUAAUUGUGUUAUGAAAAAUCAAAAUGAAGAUUCAGAAGAACAGAAAUUUUCAUCUUGUAGUUCAAUCUCUAAUGGAGAGUGUUUAUUAACAAAAGGAGUAUUUGAUAGUUCAAGCAGUGAGAAGACAGAAAGUAGUGAAAUAGAGAGUCGUGAAAAGUCUAUUGAUAAUAAACACGCAGAAAAAAUAGAUAAUGAUUCUCUUAAUACGGUAUUAAAUGGAGACAGAAUGUCAUUGCAUCUAGUUGAAGAAAAGGUUAAUAAAUCACAGUUACCGAAUCUAGAUGUAUUUGAAGAUAAAACAAAUGACAUGAAUCAGGAAUUAGAAAUGAUGGGCAAUAAAGAAGAUAUCGUUCAAGCUGAAAAAGAUGUUCUACAACAAAUGGUUAAUAAUUUGGCAGGAACGGCUGUAUGUUCUAUGGGAACAGAUACACUAGCUGAUGUCCUAGGUUUAAAGGAGAAUGAAUUAGUUGUUAAUGAACUAAUUGAUCAUAAUACACAACUAAUGGAAAAAGAAAAUGUUAAAGAAGAGUCUAUCUCUUCAAUUUCAUUAAAUAAAAGCGAACCGGGUACUGAAGAAGAUGUAAAAGAUAUUAUGUUGCAAGAAAAUGUAAUAGUCGAAAAUCUUUCAAAAAGUCAUCCGACAUCUACCGAAUCUACGGUAUCUAAAAUAUCUGAAUUAUCCGAUUAUUAUGUAAAAAGUCUUAAUUUGGAAUCUAAUGCUGAAAUGAGUGAAAAGUUUAAAGAUAAAAAUCAAAAAUCUAGUUCAUCAGAUGCUUUAAUAAGUCAAAAUACUUUAAAUAAUGAAAACGAUAAUACCUUUUCUACUGUAAGAGAAAAAAUACAAAAAAUUUUACCUUUAUUAAAUAAACAGGCUUCUCAACCAGAGCUUACGGCUGUAGAUAAAAAUGAAGCAAAUUUGUCCACAGUAAUUUAUGAUAAAAAAAAAUUGAGUCGUUCUACUCUUUCAAAACAAAAAUCUACCGAACCAUCUACGCUUUCUGACGUUAAAAAAGCAGUUUUUACAACAACAAGCAAGGAAAAAAGCAAUGAAAAUUCGAGCGAGUUAGCACCUGAAAACACAACAAAAUCGGAACAAAAGGUGUAUGUAUGUGCACCAAAAAAGGAUUCAGAAGCAACUACAGAAUCACAAAAUGCUUCUGUGUUAACGGAAAAUGAAGAAUCUAAUAAAAAAAGUAGGUCUACUUUUUUCGAAGAAAGUGCAAAUUAUGUUGAAGUUGAAAUUCAUUUAUCGGAACAAAGUGAACAAAGAAAUAAUGAAGAAAUAGAGAAAACUGUUGAACUUUCACCAAGCUCUUCUUCACAGUCUACAAUAACAUUUAUCGAAAAUGACAAAGAAAAUUAUUCACAAACAUUACAAAAUAUAAGAAAGAACCGUGUUGGAAGAUUAGUUAAAUUUUAUGAAGAGUUGGAUAAAAAAAGUAAAGAGAAUAGGUAA